AUGAGAAGAUACUUUGUAGGUGGUAAUUGGAAAUGCAAUAAUACCAUAGCUCAAACUUAGAGUUUGAUCAAUACAGUCAUCAACAAACUAGUAUUUGAUAUAAAUAAAGUUGAGGUUGUUGUUGCUCCGAUAUCCUUACAUGUUCCAUGGGUUCAAGCUAAUAUCUAAAAGAAUGUGCAAGUGUCUAUUUAAAACUCAUCAUCGACUAAGAUGGGUGCCUAUACUGGAGAAAUCAGUGUUGAGCAAGUCAAAGAUCUUGGAAUUCCUUGGGUUAUUUUGGGGCAUUCUGAAAGAAGAUAAUACAACGGAGAAACCAAUGAAAUUGUUGGAAAAAAGACUAGAAUAGCUUUGGAUUACCAAUUAAAUGUUAUAGCAUGCGUAGGUGAAAAAUAGGCAGAAAGAGAAUCUGGAUAGACAACCCAAGUUAUCUAAGCAUAAUUAGAAUCAAUCAAAAAGGAAUUGACAAUUGAAUAAUGGGCUAAAGUUGUAGUUGCAUAUGAGCCAGUCUGGGCAAUUGGAACAGGAUAAACAGCAUCUCCAGAAUAAGCUCAAGAAGUCCAUGCUUUCAUCAGAGCUUGGCUUAAAUCUUAGAUUGGAACACAAGCUGAAUAAGCUACCAGAAUUAUUUAUGGGGGAUCAGUCACAGAAAAGAAUGCUGCUGAUUUAAUUAAAUAACCAGAUGUUGAUGGAUUUUUAGUCGGAGGUGCGGCCCUAAAGCCAGCCUUUGCAGACAUAGUUGCUGCUGCUAACAAUAGUAGAUGAGUAUUUUGAGGAUAAUAAUAUAUUAAGAUAUAUCCAAAAUAUUCAUUAAUUAAGAGACUCAUUA